UUUAGAAAUCCUGUCGCCGAUCCCUCUUGCUUCCCGUCGUCCUCGUCCCAAGUUCCAACCCCGUGGGCCGCUACAUCGCCAAACCCUAACUAGGUUUUUUUCAAGCCUCCCCUUCCCUACCCUCGCCCCCCAUGGAUCCGUUUUCCAAGAAGCGCAAGCCCGACGACAACGGCGCCGUCACUGCUUCUCCCGCCGGUGGGGCUGCCACGCUGGGUCUCACCCGCGAGGACGUCCUCCGCCUCCUCGAGCCGCUCUCCCGGGACCAGCUUGCGGACAUCGCGGCCGCCGCUGCACUCGUCUCGGCGCACGCGCUCGAUGCCGUGCGCGCAGCCGCCGACCGCGACCCGGCCCUGCGCAAGCUCUUCAUUCGGGGGCUCGGGUGGGAGACCACAUCCGACUCGCUCCGCGCCAUCUUCUCCGCCUACGGUGACCUGGAGGAGGCCGUCGUCAUCACUGACAAAUCCACGGGGCGGUCCAAGGGCUACGGCUUCGUCACCUUCCGCCACGCCGAUUCCGCCGUCCUCGCACUCAAGGAGCCAUCCAAGAAGAUCGACGGUCGCAUGACUGUCACGCAGCUCGCCGCCGCCGGCUCGGCAGGCGGGCCGUCCGUUGGGGCUCCCGGCAGUGGCGGUGCUCCUGUGGCUGAUGUGUCGCUCCGGAAGAUCUUCGUUGGGAACGUCCCUGCAGACAUGUCGUCGGAGCGUCUCCUUGCGCACUUUGCCUCCUACGGCGAGAUUGAGGAGGGGCCGCUGGGAUUUGACAAGCAGACGGGCAAGUUCCGGGGCUUUGCACUUUUCGUAUAUAAGACACCUGAGGGUGCGCAGGCCUCCCUGGUGGACUCGGUGAAGGUAAUUGAUAGCCACCAGCUUGUAUGCAAGCUUGCCAUAGAUGGGAAGAAGGGGAAGCAGGGGCAAUCACAGCAAUCUGGACCUGGCAACCAGCAGCAGCAACAGCAACAGCAGAUGCUGCCGGGUGGUCCGCAGGAAAUUCAGGGAGGCCUGGGGCUUGGUUCACAAAUGGGAGCACAGUAUGGUGGCCCUGGGAGUGGUAUGCCUUCGUUUGGUUUUGGUGGCGUUGGCGGUGGGUUUGGGGGUCCAAACCCUUAUGCUAACAUGCCAUCUUCCAUGGGUGGAGGAGGCGCAGGUGGGUUAGGGUCGGUGGGAGGCCAGGUGCCCACUGGGUUGGCUGGUGCUGGUGGAUUUGGGCCUGGGGGAUUGGGUGGUGGCUCAUUUGGGGGAUCAUCUCAGUUUGGUGCUGCUGGGAUGGGGGCAUAUGGUGGCCUUGGAAUGGGUGGAGGCUCCAUGUACCGCAUGCAACAGGGAGCAGGUGGGCUGCCUGCAGGCGCAUUUGGUGAAGGAGGAAACUACCCUCUUCCAGGUUCUGGUUUCCGAGGCCACGACCCUCAAGGUGGAAUGUCUCCUCCUGGGCCAGGUGGCAGGGCUCCUCCUAUGUAUCCCAACGUGCCACCUUAUUUCUAAGAGGCAGGUUAGUCGAUUUGAGCCAUUGAGUGCAUUUUCUCUCCCCGCGAGCCUGCGAUAAGAACUGCCUUAUUGAUCCUAGUGGUAUAUGUUCGUCGAUGUAAAUUUGUAUCUAUGUUCUUCAAUGUAAAUGUUUACCAAUGUUGCAAUGUAUGUAUAUUGUGAUUCUUUGCGGUAAUGUCUGUGUAUCAUGUUUCUCUGUUUGUACAGCCCUCCGUUUUGAUUGAUUUGCCAUUCACUCUGUAACAUGAUAAUGAUAAACUACUGUCCAAAAAAUGACCUCACCUUAGUAGAAAUACAUGAAUGAUGAACAAUUGAAAACACCCGAGCUUUUUAUGUACUGGGGAGAGGUCUAAUUAGGAAGUUGAACAAAAGCAUGUUCCAUGUAUCAGGUAGCCCUGGUAGGCACCAGUGGCUGCAGUCACUGUAUGUGAGUGGUUGUUGCCGUUGCUCUUUGCUAAGUGGUUUUCCUUCGUGAGUGAUGGUGUAAAUUGAUGGGUGUGCAUCAAUUCGGAGUUCUGAGAGGCGAGUGAUGUUCAUAUAUACAAUAGGCGUUUUCAUCCUCUUGAUGUUUUUCUCGAUGAUGUCUAUCAAACUUUGUGGAAACCAUGGAGCGAUGUUCCCCCUGGAGAUAGGAGCCGUUUGGUUGUAGCACCAAUUUACGCUGCACGAUAGAAGGAAUGUAGUAAGUUGACUAAUGUAGUUGGAUUGAAUGUUUGUUGUUCGAGAUAUGGACCUCUUGUGUUCAGGUGAGACACUUCGGAAGAAAACUCGAGUUCUGCUAGGGUCUAUAUUGUAGUCGAUCCACCUAGCCCAGGUCCUCAGUGCUCCAUCGAAGGCUUCCUCACCUGCCAUCUGCACCGUCUUUCCGCCCCACUCGAGAUGAUCCCACCUGCAUGCUGAUCGAUAAGCUGUGGCAAAUGGAAUUUGGCAUUCUGAAGAGCAUAUGUGUUACUCACGCCCUGAGCUUGCCGGUGUGAGUCCACCAGUGACCGGUGUUGAAGAUGAGGACGUCAGCACCGAGCGUCCGCUGCAGCAUUGGCGGCAGCUGGUCCAGCUCGAGUGCCUUGGUCUUGUUGUCUUUUGUUUCGAGCUUCACGAGGAAGGGGCUCCAGAAGAACUCCACGGAGCAAUUAUAAUCCUGUUUUUAUUUUUGAAAUUUGGUAGUGUAAUAAAAAAGUAGUGAACAUUAGGGUUGUAGCAUGCUCAAGAAAUUUGAAAACAUCUUGAAGUUAUCUCAAGAACAUCUACAACACCCGAAAA